AUUUUGAAUUCGAGCAAAUCAAAGAGGAAACGGGAGAUGGCCGCGUGCUGGCGGAUGUGAACGGUACAGGCUACAAAGCGCUUUCCUCACAAGUUAGCCAAAUUCACACUUUUACAGCAAAGAACCGUUUCAACAUGGCCUCCGCGCAACCUAUUAAGAUUGGAAUAAUCGGUGGUUCAGGACUUGAUGAUCCAGAUAUCUUGGAGGGAAGGACUGAGCGUUAUGUUGACACACCCUAUGGAAAGCCGUCCGAUGCUCUUAUCCUGGGGAAGAUAAAAAACGUGGAAUGUGUGCUUCUUGCAAGGCAUGGGAGGCAACACACUAUAAUGCCGUCUAAUGUGAACUUCCAGGCCAACAUCUGGGCACUGAGAGAAGAGGGCUGCACACAUUUGCUGGCUACCACGGCCUGUGGCUCACUCAGGGAGGAGAUUCAGCCAGGAGACAUCGUCAUCAUAGAUCAGUUCAUUGACAGGACUACCAAGAGAGCUCAGACGCUGCAUGAUGGACAGCCUACCAGUCCCCCAGGAGUGUGUCACAUCCCCAUGGCUGAACCUUUCUGCAACAGAACCAGAGAGGUUUUGGUGGAGGUGGCGCGGACCCUGGGGAUUAAGUGCCAUGUGCGAGGGACUAUGCUGACAAUCGAGGGGCCCCGCUUCUCAUCGCGGGCUGAGAGCCUGAUGUUCCGCCAGUGGGGUGCCGACGUCAUCAACAUGACCACUGUGCCAGAGGUGAUCCUCGCCAAGGAGGCCGGCUUGUGCUAUGCCAGCAUCGCCAUGGCAACAGACUAUGACUGUUGGAAGGAACAUGAGGAGGCGGUCUGUGUUGACAACGUGCUGAAGACGAUGAAGGAAAACGCCAACAAAGCCAGCAGCAUCCUGCUAACUGCAAUACCACAGAUUAGUCAGAUGGAUUGGGCUCAGACAAUGAAGACCUUGAAAUCAAUGGCACAAUCUUCAGUAAUGUUACCAAAACACUGAGAAAACAAUGAAGAAGAAAACGUUCGCGGAUCCCAGACACCUCCUGCACCAACACGGACAACAGACUCAACCCUGCCUGUGGAUUUGUCAUCAGUGAAUCACAAGAAAGUGCCUCACAUAAUAAUGCAUGUGCUCUGUCUUCAGCAGGAGUUUCCUUGUUUUUCUUGACCCAAAAUACACAUAUAACCCCCCCCGUACUGAUUCACAGGUCACGACAUUUCUCUGGAACACUCGUCAGUAUCAUCAGUUUCCAGAUGUUUUAUGUACAAAACCACCUGAGAGAUUAAAAAAAAAAAGAUUUUAAUAAUUGUGGAUUUAUAUUUUUUGUGAUCUUUUCAAGUUUCUAUUUGCUGCCAGUAAACCACUGGUGUCUUUAUUGCCAUUAAUGCCGGUUUCAAUCCAAAAUACAAGUGUAGCACAUGGAAACUUUGUUUACAGCCUUAAGAACAACUGAUACCCUUCUAAAUGUCAAAUCUGAUGUCUUAAACGUUUGUUGUAUGUACUCCAGUAAAAUCUCUUCAGUGACUGGCUACAUUCCAGGAAAUCGAGUUAGGCUGUAAAAUCGUGUUAUUAACAGUGGCAUGUUUACAGCUUUCCUUUUUUGAGCACAAUUUAUUUUAUAUCUUGUCAGGUACUUUCAUUUUUGUUUCUUAUCUGUUACUGUUAGAUGUGAUUCAUGAAUUAAAACCCAUCGUUUCACUUUUUAUACACA